CAAUCCCCUCGGGUGGCGUUACCCGCAUCGGGGCGUGUGCAUGCAUGCCUCGCUAACUGGGAGGAGGUGGGACCUAGCUGCUGGUGGUAGUGGGUUUAGUAGACGUCUACGUGCGCGCCGUGCAGAUUGCCACAACCGCGACCUCCCACUUGUCAACGGCGGAUAUACAGAUUAUUAUUGGGUUUUUUUUUAAUCCCUGGAAAAUCCUUACUGCGAGGGACCCCUGCACCCUGCCAACGGGUUCUCAUUUACCCACAAGCCCUCCUGGCUCCCAUCGCCCGGUGACCGCGCAGCCUUCGCCUUCGUCGACAUCCCGGGCUGUGAUGUGGUCGCCUUGCAGCGGGGGAUCGGUGACGCGAAGAUAAAGCGUUUUUUUUUCUUUUAUGCUGCCGGGGACCCCCACCCCCCACCACCCAACCCCCCCCCCACUCUGCUUUCGGUCAACUUCUCGAAGCCUUCUUGCACCCGGAGUGUGUGACGGAAAACACCCACUGAGCGACGGUCCGAACAUCCAUGAGCUCCGAUUUCCCUCACUACAGUUUCAGGAUGCCAAAUAUAGGGUUCCAGAAUCUUCCCCUUAACAUCUACAUUGUGGUGUUUGGGACAGCCAUCUUCGUCUUCAUCCUCAGCCUCCUCUUCUGCUGCUACUUAAUAAGGUUACGGCACCAGGCGCACAAAGAGCUCUAUGCAUACAAACAAGUAAUUCAGAAGGAAAAAGUGAAAGAGCUAAAUUUGCAUGAGAUUUGUGCAGUGUGCUUGGAGGAGUUCAAACAGAAGGAUGAGCUGGGGAUUUGUCCGUGCAAACACGCCUUCCAUAGGAAGUGCCUCAUUAAGUGGUUGGAGGUGAGGAAAGUGUGCCCGCUGUGCAACAUGCCCGUCCUGCAGCUCGCCCAGCAGGCCGGCACCACGGAUGCUCCUGUGCCAAUACAGCAGCCUCUACCCGGCAUCGAGAACCUGGUGUAGCUGACCCGAACCCUCUCUUAAAAGAACACCACAGACACACACACACACACACAGACACACACGCAUCCCCUCCUUCAAGCUCUCACUUGUACAGGUACACCUUUUGGUAUGACUCUGUGGACAAAGCGUAGAACCUGAGAUUCAUGUGCAGAUACUCACACAAACUGACUCUUCAGCCAUCGCCACAUCUGUUAUUCUUGCAUUGGUUCACAAAAGGAUUUCCUUAUGUCAGUUCUGACUGAUAAUCAACUGUAUUCAUGGUCGUAGAACAGCUGAUCCUGAAGAGGUUUCCUUCUUGGCCAAGACGUGGUUGAUCGCUUUUUCUCAACCAAAGCACUUUUCAACGGACACCAGCUGAAGACCAGGAGGAAAGAAAACACACAUAAGCCAACAACAGUACUCUAAAAUACAAAUUAUUUAACUUUUUUUAACAAGCACUUUACAAAAAGGUGAACUUUAACUGCGUGUGAUCCUAGUAGCAAGGAAAUGUUUUAUAUUGUAUUAACUAUUAUUCUGUACAGUGUAAGGCCACAUGGGUGUUGAUUUUUUUUAAUUAGGCAACUAGUGAGUUUGAUUAGUAAAAUAGAAGUAUAGAUAUAUCUAUAUAGGGACAACAGAACCGUCACUAGAUGUCCAAAGAUUUGGACAAUGCUCUUACUGUUAAUUGCACUCACACAAAUGAGAAAUGAAACUCAAAGCACCCUUGAGACUUUGUCUGACUAAAUGUGAAAGAUUUGAAUGUGUUGAAACCGAACUCUUCACACUAAGCAUAGAAUUUCUUCAUUGAUGGCCUUUUUGUCGUUUAUUUACAAUGUGACUCGUUUUCCUUUUAUCAUUCUGCCAGUCGAGGAAGGUGAUACAGUGAACUAAUUAACUUCUGCCAGAAGUAACAUCCAGCCCAUACGAAUGCAGGCUAUAUACUGUUACAGGCGUUACUGAGAAUAUCAAAUCAAGGAAUCCCAGUUUAAAAACCGCUGCUUCAUCUACUGUGAUUGUUUAAACCAGUAUUAGUGAUUUGAAACCCGGUGCUUUAUCUACAACUGUUUUACAGAACAAACACCGGGAAUAAGGCAACGUCAAACCAAGGUCUUCAACAGGUUGCAUAAAUGUUGCAUAUGGCUGUAAUAGGCCGAUACCUCAAUUCGGUGAGAGGGCGGAAUGAAGUCUUUACUCCUCAGCUCCUAUUAAAAUGUCGGUUGCAUGCACGGUUGCAGUUACUUUUUCUUCUGUCCAAGUAGAGCAUUUGUAUUUGUUUUAACUGAUCAUAAUUUCUGGGUACAGCUGCAAAGAAUGAAGUAUUAAAUUGAUUGAUGCAUGCACAAGAGAUUCUGCACUCAGCAGAUAAUCAGCAUAUCUUUUGGUCAAGAAAUGCCCACUGCUCUGCAAAAUCCACACUACGUGCGCUGUGGCCGUGGACGGGGCCGCCUCAGAGUCAGUGGUCAGCAGGUUGCAAUGCAGCAGCAUUUUCAUUCACGCACACGCAUACAAAAAGGGUGGUUCUGCUUUUCGGCUGCGGUAUUCUGGCGCUUUCGGCCCUCUCCCUCUUUCUGUACGCGACAGGAUGCUUUUUGUUUUGUGCCACACAUUCAAUAACUCUUAAGCCCCGCCAGCUUUUGAGUUUAUGUUUUUUGUUCUCAUCCCCCCGUGUUCGCUGCGUUUUUGUAAAUGGAUUGUGUGUCAAUGUGCUGAUCUGAAAAAAAAAAAAUGAAAAGGUGAUGGCCGUAAGAUAAGACGGAAAUUUAGACUGCUUUCAGACUUUGUUCACAAAACGCAGACUACUUACUACUUUAGAAGUGAUGAUGUGUUUCACCUGCGCUGAAUGUCUGCCCACACCUCCCAGCGAUGACCUUUGUAGUUGGGUCAGCGAGGUGAACAUGUGAGACGAGAGCAAAAGCGGGAUUUCAUUGUCCGCAGUGCCUCUACCGAUGAGAAAGUAUAAACCUUUAAAAGAAACCCAACAUAUCGUUCGCAAUUGCCGUAUUUGAACAAAAACUGCCAUAUUUACAAAAACAAGACCAGGGAUCCAGUCUAAAAUGUAUUAAUGAUUAACUUGGAUGAGAGAUUGGUUUGUGUUGCCUGUGAUUGAACAGGUAGCUGCUUUAUGUUGAAAGAAAUAUGUACAUGUGUCCUGUACAGUAUUUGGUACCUUUUUUUUGCUUCUUAGUUGUUGGUUAUGAAGACACUGCAAAUUUUGACAAGCAAAACAUUUUGCCCUUUUUAAGCCAUUAUUCUGUAAAACUAUACAUCAGCGAGUGUUCCUUAUGUUGUCUCCCUGUUUAACCUAUGUAGACAGUAGUAGUGUAUUUAUAUUUAUAUAUGCACCAACAACGCCCCUUCAUACAAACCAAAUGGCAGCUGAAAACGUCCUGCCAUUCGGCUCCCUCACGUGUCGUUUGACUGUAAACACUUUUAGCCUUUCCACCCAGAACUUCCCCGUUGCCCUCAUGUGUGCCGUCAUAAUCCCGCUGAAAACGUGGUGCCAAUCCAAGAUAAACUGUAAUAAAUCAAAGCCCCAGUCUUAGGAAAAUAAGAAUGUUCUGCGUUUUCAAACAAAAGGAGAAAGGAGGGAGGUUUGAAAUGGCUUCCUGCCAAUUUAAGCAAUGACGUCAGUUAUCUCCAUCAGAAAUAGAAAGGACACAAUUACAAGAAAUACCACAGUCUGGGGCACAACGUCAAAAGGUCAUUUACAUGAUCGUUCCUUCAGUGCACAGUGUUCUGGAAUAAUCUGAAAUAAACGUUUUUUAAGGUACCAACACCCACUACAGAUGAAAAAUGUUGUUAUAUUUCCAUGGUUGGUUUUAGCAACCAGACCAGUUAGUUGUUGUUGUUUUAAAUCUCUACCACUGCCUCCCCGAAGUGAACUUGCCUCUUGUCACUGUGGUGUUAUUUAUUCCUCUGAGGCUCACCUAGUGCUCGUUCAAGUCGCAGAUAACUUCCUCUGUCUUUGUCCGAACAAGCCCCACUACCUUUAGCAGCGUACCCGCCGCCCCGCCUCCACUCACACGACCUUUUUUGUUAACACUGAUUACGUUUGUGGACUCUCACAGACAGUGUUUGUAAAACUAAGAAUUCUGCAGCAGAAUAUUUUUGGAGACAAUUUGCUGUACAGUAUUUGUAAGCUCUAUUUUUGUAAAUUGCUAUUUUGGAGAAAAUAAUAUGCAUUUUUCUUUUUCUUUCCUUGUUUUUGCUAAUUACCUGUUUAUUCAUUUUAAGAAAAUAUUGCAUGUGACUGACUUGAACUGUAAAUAAAAUUUCCAGGGUUUGGAAGGA